AUGCUGCACCCAAUUCUGGACCUUAGUAUAGUCAAUGUUGUCCUUUCCUUAUCGGUCGGGGCAGUCAUAGGGCCCUUUGGUGCGAAGUUGAUUAAUGUUAGCCAGUGGGAAGACAAUGACAGCGACAGUGGUGAUAUCGCCUAUGGGCUAACUCGAUUGGUUAUUGGUAUUGCGAUGGUCAAAGUCGGCUAUGAGCUACCAAAACGAUAUCUUCGGCUUCAUCUGGUCGAACUCACCAUUUGCCUACUGCCGCUGAUGACGAUCCAGUGGCUGACGACGUCGGCGUGUAUCAAAUUAAUGAUCCCUAAUCUGUCGUUUUUGACUUCUCUCAUCAUCGGAUCUUGUGUCAUAUGCAUCGACCCGGUUCUCUCACAAGCUAUCGCCAAGGGCCCUUUCGCUGAUCAAUAUGUCCGACGACAUCUUCGGGAAUUUAUUUCAGCCGAGGCAGGUGGGAAUGACGGAUUCGGAUUUCCGUUCUUGCUCCUCUCUAUUGCCAUUCUUCGUUAUGCCGAUACCCCGGGCACGGAGACAGUAAAAGCUGGUCUUGGGAAACAGAGUCGAGAUUGGAUUGGCGAGCCGGAUAUCGGUCGAUUGGGUGGAGAUGUCGGUCGAGCUUUGGCACAUUGGGCUGUUGAAGGAGUGCUGUACAUGCUGGUCAUGGGUGCUGGGUAUGGUGUGCUGGUCGGGUUCCUAAGCCGGAAAGCCUUGAACUUGGCCUCAAAAAGGCGUUGGAUUGACAAGGAGAGUUUCUUCUCAUAUCCUGUCGCGAUGGGUUUGUUUAUCGUCGGUACCUGCGGUUGCUUUGGCUCCGAUGAAACUCUCGCCUGUUUUGUUGCCGGCUGUGCAUUGAACUGGGAUGGGUCUUACCACUUCGAAGUCGAAGAGAGACAUGACUCCUUCAAUUCCACGAUCGAAAACAUCUUGAAUAUUGGAACCUUCUUGUUUCUCGGUGCUAUCAUGCCUUGGAAUCAACUUAGCAUGCCUAGUCAGAACGGAAUCACUAUCGCUCGACUAGUCGGGCUCGGAUUUUUGAUUCUGAUAUUCCGUCGGAUCCCGGCGAUCAUGAUGGGAUAUCGAUUCAUGCCCAAGGUUUGUGAAAAUUGGAAAGAGGCCUUGUUCAUGGGGUACUUUGCCCCAAUUGGAGUUGGCGCUAUCUCGUAUGUAGAAUAUGCGAGACGAUUGUUACCAGAUCCUGGAGAGAGCGAUACAGAGAUCAACAACUUGACUGCAGCUAUGAUUCCGGUGGUAUAUUGGCUUGUUUUCUUUUCCAUCGUCAUCCACAGUCUGUCUAUACCAGUCCUGAACGGUCUCUAUAAGUGGUUCAAGGUCCCUACUAUCCGAGACCAUCCGGUAGAAAUCAUUCUUCUGUCCGAAAGUGAGCCUGUUCCUAACAACAGCGUGGUGGAUCGCCGCGGCCACUCUGUUAUACUAAACAACCGGUUUUCCCGUGCCUCGAACCGGCGCCCCCAUUCUGAUUGUGAUCCACACCGCGAGGGAACAGCCACGACGGUGUUACGUCGCAGUGGGGAAACUAGCUAUAGGAGCUCAUUGGAAAGGGUAUUGACGAAAGGUUCUGCGCACGAACUGGAGCAGACUAUACCUGCCAGAAAUGUAGUCUAA